GUGUCUUGUUGACAUUUUCGCAUUUCGCCAUCACUUACUCUUCACAAGAUUUUUAAACCGUUUUAUAUUUAAUUUUGUUUUCAUGUUUGUUCCAUUCUUGAAAACUUAUGAAUUUUCUUGUUAAACAACUUAUGCCUUAUGUACCUUAAAAAUUUUGCCUGCGAAUUAUUCAUGUAUUGAAAAAUGGACUUCACAGCACCACCUUUUGAAUCUUCGGUGUCAGGUCAAUCAGGCAUGCUUGUUUACGAUGACGGGACUGCCGAAUUCGCAGAGGGAGAGUACCCGAUACCCAGUGAAAAUUAUGAAGAGACCUACACAGACGCUGAAUUUCAAGAAACGCAAACAUUUCUGGCAGACGGAGGCGAUCGCUUUGGUGUUUCUGCAAUCACAUUUGACCUCCAGGAAGAGCUUCUUUGGAUGGGCAAUCAAGGGGGUCAUGUGACAUCUUACUAUGGACCUGGCAUGCAGAAGUACACCUCUUUUCAAGUACACGCAGACCAAGAUGUUCGACAAAUCUCCACAUUUGAUGAAGGGAUUCUGGCCCUUACCAAGAGUACCCUUAGGUGUCAAGUUCGAAGAGGGGUUCCUGUUUUCACUCACAGUUCUGAAAACAUGCUGGAAAUGCAGUGCAUGCUCCCAAUGGCACCUGCCACCAUUGUUAUGGGAGGUCACCAGGACAAGCUGAUUCUCUUUGAUGUGGCGCAAGCUGUGGAGACUGGAGUUGUCCGUGUUGGUGACAAUGGGUGCGCCAUAAUCAGGAGACAUGGACGCUACUUGUGCACUGGGGAUCCUUUAGGAGUGGUGGAGCUCCGAGACCCCAAUUCGUUGCAGCUCGAGCAUACACUGGAGGCGCACACCGGGAGUCUCUCGGACUUUGAUGUGCACGAGAACCUUUUGGUCACAUGUGGAUUCUCUCAAAGACCUGGAGGCAUGUCAGUGGAUCGUCUUCUGAUGGUGUAUGAUCUGCGAAUGAUGCGAGCCAUAUCACCGAUGCAAGUGCUGGUCGAUCCUCUUCUGCUAAGAUUCCUUCCAUCAUUUUCGUCCAGACUUGCGGUGGUUUCUGCUGUUGGACAGUUCCAGCUGCUUGACACAGUUGCCCUCGAUGAACCAGACAUCUGUCUUUAUCAUACCAAUUCUGCAGGAGCAAUGUGCUUGACAUUCGACGUCUCUUCAAACUGCCAGUGCAUGGCGUUUGGUGACAGCGACGGUUCCAUUCACCUGUUCACGUCACACACAGAGGCUCUUUUUAAUGCCUACUCUCGGGAUGUGACCUUUGCUGACCCCGUGGAAACAUUGCCUCCUCUCAGCAUCAGCGAUAACAUCACUCCAUUCUCGACCAUCCCGAUGCCCUACUGCCAAAGUCGUCUGGCCUCUGACUGGCCCGAGGAACUGCUUAGGAAAGCAUACAGGCCUACACCAGUCAUUGACCCUGCCACCCUGAAGAAUUUAAAGAUGGUGGGUAACAUAGGUUACGCUCCAAAUCCAGGCGGGCUGCGGAGAAAUCAGGUAGCCUACAAACUUGAAAAGAGCAGUGCCAGGGGUAUGAAGAAAAUCUACGGAUCGGACUCGUCUCGAAGCAAAGACGACAGCUCUUUUGUGGCCAUUCCGAAAAAGUACCGCAAAAUCGAAGUGAAGUACUCUAAAAUGGGUAUGGACGACUUUGACUUUGAUUACUACAACAAAACAGGAUUUGCUGGGCUGGAGGCUACUCUGCCAAACUCCUACUGCAAUGCCAUGUUACAGGUCCUGUACUACAUCGACAAAGUAAGGGCUGCUCUUGAAUCUCACCUGUGUCAACGAGAGUUUUGUCUUGCAUGUGAACUGGGUUUCCUUUACUACAUGGUAGACCACUCGCAAGGAUUUCCCUGUCAAGCCAGCAAUUUCCUUCGAGCAUUCCGAACCAUCCCAGAGGCGUCAGCUCUUGGCCUCAUUCUAUCGGACGAGAAUAAUUCCAAGAAAAAUGCAAACUUAACCCGUUUGAUUCAGAACUGGAACCGAUUCAUCUUGCAUCAAAUUCAUUUUGAAAUUCUGGAUGCCAAAAAAUGCGAGAGCUAUUUGGAGUUGGCCAAAGCUGAAUCUCAGGGUCCUGUGACUGCCCCUUUUGUAUACCAAGAGAAAGACUUUCCCAGCAUCAUGGGAUCUGGAAUCCGCAACAGCAGAAAUUACAAAGAAGAGACUGUAGAGGCUGUUGAAUUGCCUCAAGAGUGUGAGGAAAGCAUUGAAGGAGCAACAAUUGAGGAGACUGAGCUUUCAAGCAUUUUCAGCACUCGGCAGACCAACAUCCACAAGUGUCUCAAGUGCCAAAAAGAAGUUUCAAAAGAAUCAACACAAUUUUUGUGGAACCUCACAUAUCCCGACGCAAGUCAAGGAAAAGUCCCAGUUAGUUUUUGUGACGUGCUCACCAAGAGUCUCAGCCCUGAGCAGGUGACUCCAGCUUGGUGCGAAGGUUGCAGCAAAUACCAGCCUACAAAGCAGUCUAGGAGAAUCUCCCAACUGCCUCCAAUACUGGCUUUGAACUGCGGAAUGGACAAUCCUGGGGACAAAGAGUUUUGGCAGACUCAAAUGGACCUGCUGGUUCAAAAGGCUCAAGAAACGGCCCAAUCGAAUAAAGACGAAACUUCCGCCAGCAGUGCUCCGCCGCCAUCAAGCAAACCUUGUAGAUAUGGGGACAAGUGUAUGCGCCCAGGCUGCCGAUUCAAGCACGCAGGGAGACCAGGAGAAGCGGCCUCCUCUAGCAACAGCCAGUUGUAUUACACAAACGCCUGGCUCCCUCUCCACAUAAAGGCUGAUCUUGGUGAAAAUGGGCAGCUGUUCAUAAGGAAGAAAACAGAUUUUGCACCUGGAGAUUCUUCAGCCUCAGAGCCCGACGCUCCCCUACCAUUCGAAAGCAGUCAACACGUCGAAUAUGACUUACAGUCUGUGGUUUGCUACAUUCACGACCCAAUCAACCCUGACAAGAAAAAUCUGGUUGCUUUGGUAAAUGUCGGACCCAGGUAUCACGAGCGGUCACUUGGCUCUCCAGUCAGCCAGUGGUACAUCUUCAACGACUUCAGCAUCACUCCUGUGCAAGCGCAGGAAGUGGUUUGGUUCAGUUUGGACUGGAAAGUCCCGUGCGUUCUUUACUGGAUUAGUAAAGAGUUGAAAAGUCAACCAGAGCCCCUCAUUCAGAACCCAAUCACCAUCGACGUGUUCAGCGAGGACAAUAAUUUGGCUCGGAACGGCAGGAAAAUGAUAACCUUUACGCCCUUAUCAGCAGAGGAAAUGCCCUCUGAAGGUGAGCUUGUGGCCAUGGACGCCGAGUUUGUCACCCUGAACCAGGAGGAGUCCGAGUUGAGGAGCGACGGCAAGACGAACACCAUCAAGCCAUCUCACAUGUCGGUGGCUCGAAUCACCUGCAUCCGAGGGCAAGGAACCCAGACUGGGGAGCCCUUCAUCGACGACUACAUAUCCACUUCAGAACAGGUCGUCGACUACCUAACCAAGUUUUCUGGAAUAAAGCCUGGUGAUCUAGACGCCAACUUCAGCUCGAAGCAUUUGACCACUCUGAAGUCAACCUAUCAGAAACUCAGGUUCCUGGUUGACAUUGGGGUCAAGUUUGUCGGUCAUGGAUUAAAAAAUGACUUCAGAGUAAUUAAUUUGGUGGUUCCGUCUGAGCAAGUGAUAGACACAGUCCACUUAUUCCAUCUACCACACCACAGGAUGGUGUCUCUCAAGUUCUUAGCCUGGCAUUUCUUAGGCACAAAAAUCCAGUCUGUCACGCAUGACUCAAUUGAAGACGCAAAAACAGCACUACAACUUUAUCACCACUACCUCAAGUUAGAGGCAAGUGGUGGAUUGACUGCUGCCCUGAAGGACAUUUACCAGGCAGGCAAGAGAAUGCAAUGGAAGGUUCCAGGAAUUGAAUGAGCUCGAAUUGUGAUCUUCUAGAAAUGUAUCUUGUACUGUUAAAAAUUGUUCUCGUUCCAACUUAUUUUUCGUGUUUACUUCCAGUGGUGUAUGUUGUAUUUACAAUCAUGUAUUUUCUACUUGUUUGUUUUAAUUGAAACUAAUUUUAUAUCUCAUUUUAAAGUUUCUUGCUGCCUUUUUACAAUGAAUAAAAAAACAAAAUUAAGCAC